GCAGACAGUAGUAGAGCCCAGUUCCGCACCCAAAACGAAAAAUAAAAAUUAAAAACAGAAAGGAUAAGGGAGAAAGUUCGGGCUCCCUGCAGUCGUGCCGUCGACCAACGACAACGAGAUUGUGGUGUUGAAUGGAGAAGGCUAGCAACAGUCUUGUUACCCACAUGAACACCACACUCUCUUUACCACUUCAUUCUCACCUUUUAUCAGCAGUUUCUUCUCACCAAACCUUCUCAUAUCACGCCCACAAAAGCUGCCUCCCACUUCGAGCUUCGCCUCCUUCUCUUUAUUAUUCCACCCGCGGCCCACCUUCCCUCAGUUGCGCAAAUCCCGAUGCUACAGGGAGUAAGGUGGGUGCUGUGGAUUCAUCUCUUGCAGUAAAGAAACAAGCAGCAGAUGUAUCCCCCGAGCUAAAAGGGACUUCUAUUUUUCUGGUUGGCAUGCAAAAUUCCCUGAAAACCAGUUUAGGAAAGAUGCUAGCUGAUAUGUUACGAUAUUAUUAUUUUGACAGUGAUAGUUUGGUUGAAGAAGCUGUUGGUGGUGCACCUGCUGCAAAAUCCUUUAGAGAGAAAGAUGAAAUGGCCUUACAUGAAUCUGAGACUGAAGUGUUGAAGCAAUUGUCAUCUAUGGGCCGACUAGUAGUUUGUGCUGGCAACGGUGCAGUUCAAAGUUCAACUAAUCUGGCACUUCUGAGACACGGGAUUUCCUUGUGGAUAGAUGUUCCGCUAGACAUCAUGGCUAGGGAUGUAUGUGAAGCAUCAUCAUCAGGAUCUUACCCUGAGGUAACAGAUCAACUAGCUGCAUUAUACAACAAAUACAGGGAUGGAUAUGCUACAGCUGAUGCAAUUAUUUCAGUUCAAAAAGUUGCUUCUAGGUUGGGGUGUGAUAAUUUUGAUGACAUUACAAUCGAAGAGAUGACAUUAGAGGCGCUAAGGGAGAUCCAGAAGUUGACUAGAGUGAAGAAGAUGCUUGAAGAGGCUGCAAGACCGUUCUAAUUAAACAUGGCUUGUUUCAUGUCUUAUCUUGAAAUUACUUUCGAUAAGUUGUUUUACUCUGAAAUAUGUACCAAAGGAUUUGUUACUAUAUAUAGCUUCACACUAUGAGAGUGGCGGAUCAUUACAUAACAAACCUUUAGUAGUGAUUAUGCUCUUUUAAACAGUUGCACAAACACGACAAGGAAGCUUGGAAAAUUCCAAAAUGCUCGAGAAAAUUUGGAAAUAACAACACCUCCCAAAUCGAGUAAACACCCAAUGUUUUUAUUACGAUGGUUAUUUGAAACUGGGUUGUUUUUGGACCUGAAUAUGUGGUCAAGACUUCUUAAGGGGGCGUUGUCCGACUUGUACUGGAGUUGAGGUGCCGCCGUCUGAAUUCCUCAUGAGGAGGUAGGGAUGGUACCUAUAAAAGACUCCGAUAUUUAAGUUAGCAAGGGUUUUAAGUAGGUUUUUAGUUUAUUGGGAUAUGAAUAUAUCUGAAAUGUGUCGGUGUAUUUAUAGUAAAAUAGAUAAUCACUUUUUUUAGUAGUUC